AAGUGAGAAGUGUUAAAUUGUGCGAGUUGUGUCACGUGUUUGCGCACUACUAACGUGGGCAACAUCCCUUCCUCCUUCACUUUCACGGUUUCACUUCACUUUGCUUGGGUUCUUUUCUCUUAACCAGUGUGCAGCGAGUGCGAUCACGCGCCUUCACCCCUUCAUCCUGUGCGCGUUGGAAAACCCACACUCAACUCAACCGAGCACAGCUCUGUCGCCGGUUCUAGCUCCGAUCAGUUGCAAUGGCAGGGAGUUCAAAUAGACGAGAGGGCAAAAACGCUAUGGUUCCAAAACCUGAAUUGCUGGAUUUUGAUGUUGAGCUGCAGCCACCUUAUGCUACAUUCUCUGGGAAUGUUGGGGAUAAUGUUGCAAGUUCAUCUGGAAGCCAACUGCGUUCAUUUUUUGUUGGAAUGGGAUUCCAGCCAUCCCUUGUUGAUAAAGCCAUUGAGGAGAAUGGUGACCAAAAUUCGGACAGGCUAUUAGAGGUCCUCUUGAGCUAUUCGGCACUUCAAAAAUCAAAUUCAGAGUCUUCAGAUUCUCUAGAGAGGUUAUUUGAUGAUAAGGAUUCUCCUGAAAUUUCCACAGUCAAUCAACCAAAAGAGGAGUUAGAUGAAUUUGGUGAAUUUAUUGAUGACAAAAGAAGUUCCUUACUGAUGAUGAAUUUCUCCGCAGAGGAGGUAGACUUUGCAAUCAGUAAGCUUGGUGAUGGAGCUUCAGUUCCUGAGCUGGUGGACUUCAUCUUUGCUGCACAGAUAGCUAAGAAGUUAAACAGAGAAACAGUUCAUAUAAAAAGGGAAACAAUUGAUAUCACCUGCGAUGACACAGGUGGUGAGACUAGCAAUGAACGACUAUUUGGGAUUAUGGAAAAAACACUUCAAUUGCUUGAAAUGGGUUUCUCUGAGAAUGAAGUAUCCUCAGCGGUUGAUAGAUUAGGGACGGAGGUUCCAAUUUCAGAGCUUGCGAACUAUAUUUUUGCAGAGCAAAGUGGGAUUGAAUAUGUAAUGGAAUAUAAGUAUCCCUUUACUUCAAUGUAUUCUAUGGGGAUCAAAGAAGAGCAACAAUGGGAUGGUACAGCUGAAGUAAAAACAGAGUUUUUUGGAUAUGAAGCUCCACAGUCAGGGCCGAUCAACUUUAGGGGAACUUUUAGUGACAGGGGUAAACGAGUGAAGGAAGAGGGUAUUGAUGAAUUUGCAAAUGGUGCUUCUGACAUGGGAUACUCUGAUUUCAUGGAGAAUGAUAGAAGUAAAAGGCCCAAGAAUGAAUAUGAGGAGGAUGAGUCGAGCUCUUUUCUUGAUAUUUAUUGGAUGGAAGAAAGGGUUGAUGCUCAGGUUGCUAGAAUGACAGAACUUCACAGAUCAAAACCAGCCAGGACUCUUAGCGAUAUUGCUGCGAAAUCUCCAUUUUUCUUAUUUGGAAACGUCUCGAACAUUUCUUAUGAGUCAUGGACAAAAAUGUCUCAGUUUUUAUAUGUUGAACCUGAAUUUGUGAAUACUCGGUUCUUUUCAGCCUUAAAUAGAAUUGAAGGAUACUUACACAAUCUCCCAUUUGAAGGCCGGACACACAUCCUUCCGAAGCCACCUUUGACUAUAGAAGAAACAAUGCCACGGACAACGAAGUGGUGGCCAUCUUGGGAUUCAAGAAAGCAGUUGAGCAGCAUCUGUUGUGAAACCAAUGGAAUAUCUCGCCAUUGUGAAUGGAUAGGAAAGAUUCUAGCUGAUUCUGGUGGAGUGCCCACACCUGAACAGCAAGAAGACAUUGUUCGAAGCUGUCGCAUAUUGAAUCUUGUGUGGACCGGUCAAUACAAACUAAGCCCUGUAGAGCCUGACAAGUUGGAGUUUAUCUUGGGCUACCCUUUGGAUCACACUUCUGCCGUGUGUAACUUGGCUGAAAGACUAGAAUUACUUAAAUACUGCUUUCAAACAGACACAUUGGGGUAUCAUCUCUCAGUGUUGAAGCCACUGUUCCCUAAUGGUUUGACAGUGUUAUCAAUUUUCAGUGGCAUUGGUGGUGCUGAAAUCGCACUUCACCGCCUCGGUAUCAAGAUGAAAGCAGUCGUCUCCGUUGAGACUUCUGAGGCAAAGAGAAAGAUUCUUGAGAGAUGGUGGCGAGUUUCGGGACAAAAAGGUAAUCUGGUGCAGAUGGAAGAAGUUCAAAAGCUGACUGGUAAAACACUUCAGGGUUUAAUCAAUAAAUUUGGUGUGUUUGACCUGGUAAUUUAUCAGCACCCUAACUCUUACGCAAGUUCCAGGAUUGAUCCCACAGGGAGACACCCAGCUUUUGAUUUUUCUUUGUUUGUUGAAUCUGUUCGCCUUUUGCAACGUGUGAGAGGCUUGUGUAAAAGGAGUUAGGUUUAGUGACUCGUCUGUUUCUUGUAGUAAAUUAUGUCAGUCUAUGUAUAUAUAUAAUAUAUCCAUGCUUCCAUUUAUUACUAGAUGUUUAGGUUCAAUGCUAUCCAUCCUGAGAAUGGUGGUUGAACUUUAUGUAUGACUUUUUGUAGAUCCAUAUGGAUACAUGUCUAAACUGGUUGUGUGGAUAUUUAUUUUCGUUUU